UUUUAGGGGUUGGCCUAGACUUUUCUACGUAUGAUCUGGGUUUGUGUAAAUUUCAAUUGGUUGUUUUGUUAAUGUGAAUGGGAGGAGGGAAGAUGAGUCUCUAUUAAAACGAUUUGUAUGUUACGAAAAUUAGUCAAAUACUUUAGUUUCGUUGAUCAGUGGUGUUUGUUUAGGGGGCUUCAGCUUCCGGAUGUCACCAGGGGCUGGCUGAUUGCGACAUUUUAUUCAAGUUAGGGGUAUUUGUGGAUUUUAGAAAGGCAGUGACCAACGGUGGGAUGGCACAGUUUCAAGAAGUAAUCCGGCAGGAGCUCGAGAACUCGAUGAAGCAGGACCUGGAAAGGUUACAGGCAACUGCGAGUAAGGAUGAGGCCGAGAUCUACCAGAAAGGAUUUUGAGGGGUUUAUGAAGCUAUUCCAUAGAUUUCUACAAGAGAAGGGUCCUUCAGUGGACUGGGGGAAGAUUCAGAGACCACCAGAGGAUUCUAUCCAGCCUUACGAAAAGAUCAAGUCCAAAGGUUUGCCAGACAACGUGGCGUCAGUCUUGAACAAGCUGGUCGUGGUGAAGCUGAAUGGUGGCCUUGGCACAAGCAUGGGCUGCAAGGGCCCGAAGAGUCUCAUCAGCGUCCGCAAUGAAAACACUUUCCUGGAUCUGACAGUUCAGCAGAUUGAGCACUUAAACAAAACCUACAACACAGAUGUUCCCCUUGUCUUAAUGAACUCUUUCAAUACUGACGAGGACACUAACAAGAUCUUGCAGAAAUACACACACUGUCGUGUGAAAAUCCACACCUUCAACCAAAGCAGAUAUCCAAGGAUUAACAAGGAAUCUUUGCUCCCAAUAGCCAAGGAUAUGUCGAAAAUGGGGGACAAUGCAGAGACAUGGUACCCACCUGGCCACGGGGAUAUCUAUGGAAGCUUCUAUAACUCUGGCCUGUUGGAUAAACUCAUAGCUGAGGGGAAGGAGUAUAUAUUCGUCUCAAACAUUGAUAAUCUUGGGGCGACCGUUGAUCUCUAUAUCCUCAAUCACCUCAUGAGCCAGCCCAAUGGAAAACGCUGUGAGUUUGUCAUGGAGGUCACUGACAAGACAAGAGCAGACGUGAAGGGUGGUACUCUCACACAGUACGGAGGCAAGCUGAGGUUGCUGGAGAUCGCUCAGGUUCCAAAGGCUCAUGUGGACGAGUUCAAGUCAGUGAGCAAAUUCAAGAUCUUCAACACCAACAACUUGUGGAUUUCACUGGCUGCAAUCAAGAGGCUGCAGGAGCAGAACGCCAUGGACAUGGAGAUCAUUGUCAACCCGAAGACUCUGAAUGGUGGAUUGAAUGUAAUCCAGCUGGAAACUGCUGUGGGUGCUGCAAUUAAAAGCUUUGACAAUGCGUUGGGCAUCAAUGUCCCACGAAGCCGUUUCCUGCCUGUGAAAACCACCUCUGACCUGCUGCUGGUGAUGUCCAACCUAUACAGCCUAAACGCAGGCUCCCUCACCAUGAGCGAGAAGAGAGAGUUCCCCACUGUACCCCUCACGAAACUGGGCAGCUCUUUUACAAAGGUUCAGGACUUUUUGAUGAGAUUCGAAAGCAUACCGGACAUGCUUGAACUGGACCACCUUACGGUUUCAGGAGACGUUACCUUUGGAAAGAAUGUUUGUUUAAAGGGAACUGUUAUUAUUAUUGCAAAUCAUGGUGACAGAAUCGACAUACCUGCCGGAGCAGUGCUGGAGAACAAGAUUGUAUCGGGCAAUCUUCGCAUCCUCGACCACUGAAAGAACAUGCUUGUACCUAAUUAUAGAAUACUUUAUUUUUAAGAAUUUAUCAUUGGCUGUUACAGGAUAAUGUAGACACAUUUAUUUCACUCACUAAAUGUAAUAAAUGUUCACCUAUAUUUGCAUUAUGUGCAUUUCAUGCACAGUCAUGUAGAACUCAGUAUUUUCCAUUGUUGCUAUCCAGUAUUGCUUUAAGAUUUAUUAGGUUGUAAAUAACUUAAGUAAUGUGUAGUUGUCUGCAACUAAAUGUUGUAAAGCAAUAAUUCUGUUUUGACAUGGUUCCAGCUGAAAAGUCUGAGCCAAAGCUGUAUCGAGCUCAUUUCUGAACUGUAAUAAACAAUGCAGUAUAAACA